AUGUUUGCGCCUCAAACAACUAGUGGGAUUGAAGAAGAGCUUGCGUUAAAGCUCGUAUGCACUGCGGACGAUGACAAGGAAGACGAGUUUCUUGCCAGAGCAGCCGCUAUCCAGGAAUUCACCGAUCGCGUGGGGCUUGAGCAAAAACAGCUUUGCAACCGUCUACUCGACGCCCAUGCCGAUGUCAGUGAAAGCCUGCUUGAUGCGCUAACUGACCUCAUGGCAGAAGAGGGGAGCAUUGGGAUCGACAAACUCGACUUUGACUUGAAUAUCGAUGUCGACGUUGGCGACGCCUUCUUGCAAGACGACGAGAUUCAGGUUUUUUAG